AUCGACGACAGCUCCGAGUACGCGAGAGCCGGCGGAGAGCAGCGGCGACGGAUCGAGCUAGUCAACGCCCCGCUCUGUCUCCGUGUCUCAUCUCGAAUCCACAUCUCCUCCGGGUUCUGGCUCUUCUUGCUCCACUUCCCUCUCCGUAUCCGCCGCGGUCGCCUGUGGGCGUAGGCUACCCGCCAGCCCUCGGCUGCCAUCGGCCGGCCAUUCCAAAGGCUCUAUUGUAGACGCACGAGGGGUUACAGACAAUAUGGGCAGAAGAGUUCAAGUUAUUUUCGUCACCAGUCUUGUGCUUUCGUGCACCAUAAGCUUGGCUUUGGAUGAUGCUGCUACUAUAAAGGCUCCUAAUGUGGGCACAGUAUCUCUGGCAAUGAAGGAAAACCCACAAUUAUGCCAACUUUGCGAGCAGUUCGCUUCCGAAGCCCUCUUCUAUCUUAAUGAAAAUGAGACCAAGAUCGAAAUCAUUGAUACACUGCACCAAGCUUGUUCAAAGUUUCCUUCUUUCAAGCUGGAGUGCACAAGGUUGGUAGAUUAUUAUGCCCCUCUUUUCUUCACAAGAAUUGCCUCUUUAAGCCCUGAAGACUUUUGCGUAUCAAUAAGUUUUUGCGUUGAGGCAAAAUUCAUUCAUCUCCCAAGACAUGAGGAUGCUUGCACCCUUUGCCAUGAGGUUGUUGAUGAGAUUGUUACUAAUCUUGAAGAUCCAGACAUGGAGGUCCGCCACUGGUGGACCAUAGAAGUGAUGAGCAGCACUGUAGUAUGUUGCCUACCUUACCUCACCAACAUGAGAUAGUGAGAACUAGUUGCUGCAUGUAAGUUAAAACAGUUUCUACCUGGCUGUAGAAGUUGCAUACGAUUUUCUUAGUACUCUUGCUUCGGUAAGUUACUUUUCAGUGUAUUUCAUCAGAAGCACGGCUCUUUAGUUUUGAAUGAUUUCAGAAGCUUUCCUACAGUAUUGGUAUAAUGUAUAUUUGAUAUAUAAGUAGCAUGCCUUUAUUUUUGCUUGGAAUUUAUAGGAUGUUCUCUCAAUCAAACAACUUCAAUGUUGGUCAAAUGGGACUAUUCCACCCUCCUAUCACAUCUUGGGUUUUUUUAUACAGAAUCUUGCCACAUGAUCUGUUGAAGAAUAUUGAUAUUUCAUUAACGGCUCACUGACCCUGCGUACCCACGACUUUCUGUCUAAAUUCCUUUCGUUUUCUUUAAUAUAUAACAGAAUGUGUCUCCCCUACUGUUUUCCCUGUAGAAAAUGAAUAUUGAUAUUUGAACAACAAUUACAUAUUCAUAUGGAUUUUUGUUAAAAUUGGGAUGGUGGUCCCUCUUUCAUACUUUUUUUUUCUCGAACCCGCAAGAGAGCUGCCUAUCAUUAUAUU